AUGUAAGAAUACUGGACAGAUCACAGUGUCCAGUUUGCGGUCCAAAGCGACGCACGUUUAGAAGCUGCCGAAGAAUAGAAUACGUAAACGCUUCCAAAUACGGUCCAAGACUUCGACGGUGAGACAGACGCGAAACCCGCGGCAAUUUUAUAAAUGAAUUUGUGUUAAACUGAGGUGAUUGUGUUAUAAACGUAUAAAUUAUAAAGUUCAGUAAGCGUGACUUGUAAUCUGACGGAAGUCAGCGACGCGUACAAGCUCGAUUAGUGUAUAAGUAUCUAUAUAAUAAAUUAUCGACCGCGUAAGAUAUCCGCCACCAUUACGAAGUAGAUUUUUGUACUUAACCGUAAGUAUCUCAAUUAGUAUCCCCUGUUACGGAUAUGAGUGGCGUGCAAGGACGAUUUUGCUAAGUGUAACGUGUUUAUCAUAAUGGACUCCUUACUUCAGUAUCAAAGUGACCUGUCGCAAAGGCUCUCGCAAACUCUGUCGGAAAUGGCCUACCCAGACCCUAACAACAACGACGGAUGCGAUACCACCACCCCUCCGAAGGAAGACAAAUAUUCGUUACGUCCUCGCUCUUUGAGACGUACGACGGAGACUUCGAGGAAACCUGAAAACGAGACUGAAAAGCUGAAACCAACAAAAAAUCCGAAGCCUAAACAGAAGCCGGCACCUUUAAGUAAAUAUAGGCGUAAAACGGCGAACGCAAGGGAAAGAAGUCGCAUGCGAGAAAUUAAUCAAGCCUUUGAGACUUUGCGACAAGCAGUUCCGCAGCAUAUGUCGGUGGCCAACGUUGGCACAAACGAAAAACUGACAAAAAUUACCACGCUGAGACUGGCGAUGAAAUACAUAUCGACGCUUAGUGCAACCCUUAACUCUGGAGACUCGUCUAGUAUUGACAUACUGUCCGACUACAGCGAUUUGGAUUGUCUCCUCUUAGAAUCCGACGGCGAGUCGCUUCCGUUAUCGGACCACUCGCUUUUGGCAUCUCCAGAUUUUCCAGAGCCAUCCCUUUCGCCCGUAGACUUCGGGGACCCUCUUCUACCUGCUUUGCUUCACACAGACUUCACCGAACACGCACUCGAUGCGACGGACUUUAGUGAUUUUUUGUUGACGUAACGUCGGUGAAACCGAGUCGCAAACUCGAAAACACUUACGUCCCUGUGUAUCAUACUUUUACGCUUUAGUGUAGAUUUUAAAGUAAAAAAUGAGGGCAUUUCUUUAAACGAAGGGUACGCCCAUUUAUUUGUUUAGCCACAAAGUAAAUCUUGCCUUUUAGUUUAGGGAUGUACUAUUUUGUAAAUUUGUUACCUAUGGAUAUUAUUACUUGUGUAAGUCGAAGUGUUAAUUUAAUAAA